GGAGUCGCGGGCAGCGCCGCGCCGAGCCCACCCGUGCCCGAGCCCGAGCCAACCCGUGCCAUGCCCCGGGGCGGCGGCGGCUGCUGCUCCCGGCGGCGCGGCGGGGGCGAAGGGGGCGAGCAGCGCCCCCCGGCACCGGCCAUGACCCCGCGGGUGGGCAGCGCCUGAGCGGCCGCCCCGCCAUGCGGCCCCCCACGGCUCGGGACCUGCCCCCAGGCGGGCGCCCGGCGGCCCUGCUGCUGCUGGCGGCGCUGGUGUGGGUGCCCGGCGGGGCUCCCGCCUGCCCCGCGCUCUGCACCUGCUACGUCUCGCCGCCCACCGUCAGCUGCCAGGCCAACAACUUCUCCUCGGUGCCCGCGGGGCUCCCGCCCGGCGCCCGCCGCCUCUUCCUGCAGAACAACGUCAUCGGGGCGCUGCGGGCGGGCACCUUCGGGCCCAGCACCGUCACCCUCUGGCUCUACUCCAACAACAUCUCCUCCAUCCAGCCGGGCACCUUCCGCCACCUGCCCGCCCUGGAGGAGCUCGACCUGGGUGACAACCCGCACCUCCGCGUCCUGGCCCCCGACACCUUCCACGGCCUCCACCGCCUCCAGGCCCUGCACCUGUACCGGUGCCGGCUGGCCAACCUGCCCAGCGGCAUCUUCCGCGGCCUCCGCAGCCUCCAGUACCUCUACCUGCAGGAGAACGGGCUGCUCUACCUCCAGGACGACCUCUUUGCCGACCUGGCCAACCUGAGCCACCUCUUCCUGCACGGCAACCGGCUGCGGGCGCUGUCGGAGGGCGUCUUCCGGGGGCUGUCGAGCCUGGACCGCCUGCUGCUGCACGCCAACCGGCUGGCAGCCAUCCACCGCCGCGCCUUCGGGGGGCUGGCGCGCCUCACCAUCCUCUACCUGUUCAACAACAGCCUGGUGGCCCUGCCCGGGGACCCGCUGGCCGCGCUGCCCUCGCUCCAGUUCCUGCGCCUCAACGCCAACCCCUGGGCCUGCGACUGCCGUGCGCGCCCGCUCUGGGCCUGGUUCCGCCGCACGCGCGUCUCCAGCUCCCCGGUGCCCUGCGCCAGCCCCCCGCACCGCCGCGGCACCGACCUGCGCCACCUCCGCCCCCGCGACUUCGACGCCUGCCCCGAGGACGACGAUGAUGACGAGGAGGUGGAAGAUGGCAACGGCGGCGGUGGCAAUGGGGUGGCGGUGAUGGGCACCCCGGGGCGGGCGCUGGGUCGGCCCGGCACCCUCCCGGCCGCGCCGCCCUCCGCCUUCUACCGCGACGGGCUGCCCCCCCACGACCUGCGGGGACCCCAGCCCCGGCCGCCCCCCCCGUCCCGUGACUCCCGCGGGCCCCCCGAGGACGCCGGCUGCCCCCAUGACCCCUGUGCCCCCAUGGCCGCCGCCACGCCCCACCGGCCCCCCGUCCUCCUGCCCCUCCUGCCUCUGAUCCUGCCCCGACUCUGAGCCCCCCUUGGCGCCCCAGGGGGUCCCAGGUCCUCAGGGUGCCCAUGUCCUCCUUCUCCCCAGGGGAGGCCUCAAGAACUGUGGGGAACAGCCAGCGGGGGGGGGGUGCAGGAUGCAGAAGGGACGCUCUCCCAUCCUGAACGGGAAAAACCCCCAACAGGAACCAAAAGGUGGGAAAUUAUUUAUUAAAAAUGGUCUUAUUUUGGGA